CGUGCAUAUCGAGCUGGACAGUCUCGGCACGAAUUCCGACGUUAGCCUGCCCGAAUUGAUGCAAGAUCGUACGAUACACUUGCUGGAUAUACAACGGGCGGUAUAAGUGAUCUCUCGAUUUUGCUACCAUGAUUGCCAGUGGUUUCAGGAGACACGUGAUCAAUAUCGCCAACAUUCCCUGGACGGUGGGUAGGCACGAGCUUAGUUUAUACUUCUCUCAAUUCGGUUGCGUGGUAGACGCUUUCGUAGUGUUCGAUAAGCAAACUGGUUUCCACAACGGCCACGGGAACGUAACGUUCUUGAAGAAGGAGCAGAUGAAAGCUGCGCUCGAGAGUAAACAUUCUUUAGAAGGGAAAGAGUUAAUCUUGUCACCAAGGAUAUAAGGUAAAGCCGAUAACAGUAGUACAUUUGUUCGAUCGAAGACAUAUCACACACAA